CUACUAGAUCUCCCUACAAAGAUGCAAACGGAAAUAAGAAAAUGUUGGCUAGUACACAAUUUGAAAGCGUUUUUGCUCGACGAGCAUUUCCCUGUUUUGAUGAGCCUACUUAUAAAGCAAAUUUUGAUAUUCAAUUGGAAGUUGAUGAACAAUUAACUGCUUUAUCUAAUAUGAAUGUUACUGAAGAAAAAAUUAUUGGAAAUGGCAAAAAAUUGGUGACAUUUGCCAGAACUCCAUUAAUGUCCACUUAUUUGGUUGCUUUUGCUUCAAAAACAAAUGAUGGAUGUAUUGUUCGUGUUUAUACUGUGCCCGGGAAGAAAGAUAAAGGACAUUAUUCACUUUCAGUUGCCGUUAAAGCUAUUGAAUGGUUUUCUGAAUGGUAUGGAAUUAAAAUGCCUCUUCCAAAAUGUGACUUGAUUGCAAUUCCUGAAUUUUCUAUGGGUGCUAUGGAAAAUUGGGGUUUAAUAACUUUUCGUGAAUCCGCUCUCCUUUGUGAUCCUGUAUUGACCUCUUCAUCUACAAAGCAAAAUAUUACUCAAACAGUAGUUCACGAAGUUGGUCAUUUCUGGUUUGGUAAUUUGACAACAAUGAAAUGGUGGUGUGAUUUAUGGUUGAAAGAAGGUUUUGCUACAUUUAUGGAAUUUGUAAUGAGUGGUUAUAAUUAUCCUGAAUUUAAAUUAUGGCUCCACUUUGUUAGCUCUCAAACAGUUUCUGCAAUGGGGAGAGAUUCAAUGAGAAAUUCACAUCCAAUUGAAGUUCCAAUUAACAAUCCAAAUGAAUUAGAAGAUAUCUAUGAUAGUAUUACUUAUGAUAAGUCGAAUUGUGUUAUUAGAAUGUUGUUUAAUUAUUUGGGUGAACCAGCCUUUCAGAAGGGUGCACAAAUUUAUUUGGAUCGUUUUAAAUAUUCUAAUGCAACAACUGAUGAUCUUUGGAAAUGCUUGAGUGAAGCAUCAGGAGUUGAUGUUGGUUCUUUAAUGUCUUCUUGGACACAACAAGUUGGUUUUCCUUUGGUAACUGUCCAAGAAAAAAUUUUGGAUGGUGAUAAACGUGAAUUGACUUUAAAACAAAGACGUUUUCUUAUUGAUGGCAGUAUUGAUGAAAAUAAACCAGUUUGGCAAAUUCCAGUUUCUGUAACUGUUCGAUCUGAUCCUUCAAAGCCUGCGGCAAAGUUUUUAUUAACCAAAGAAGAAGAUAAAUUUGUUAUUGAGGGUGUCAAUUCAAAUUUCUCUUCUUUCUUUCGAGUCUUUUAUCCAGACGAAAUGUUAAAAAAGCUUCUUCAAGGAAUUCAAGACAAAGAACUUGAUGUUAUUGAUAGAUUUCAGAUUGCUGAUGACCUUUUUGAGGUAAUCACUGCGGGACUGCUUCCUAUUUCGCAAUUUUUGGAAUUUUUUUCUGUUUGCGGUAAGGAAGAUAAUUUAAUUGUCUGGCAAUCUAUUAUCUCCUGUCUUUCACAAAUAAACCAUAUUCUUAUUAAUUUGGACGAUGAUGGUCGAUUAUUGGAGAGAUUUAAUCGCUUUGUUUGUAAAGUCAUUGAGCCUGUUGCUGAGCGUUAUGGAUGGGAGCCUAAGGAAGGAGAAGAUAUGCAAACAUCCCAAUUGCGUUCUUUGCUAAUUGGUCGUUUAAGUCGGUCUAAACAUCUUCCAACUAUAGAAGUGGCAUUAAAUAAAUUUAAAGCGCAUGUAGAGAAAGGAGCUGAACUUGUUCCAGAACUGCGUUCUGUUAUUUAUGCAACUGCCGCUAGGUCCAACGAUGCCAAAAUUAUUGAGGCAUUACAGAAUAUUUUGACUACUUGUAACUUUGCUGAAAUCGAAAGUACAUGUAUUAUGGCUCUCGGUCAAUGCACAGAUUUAAAACUUUUGGAGCAAAUAUUUAAUCAUGGAAUUCUUGAUAAUAACAUUAGAAGUCAAGAUAUUUUUAAGCUUUUUGCAUCAGUAAAUUGUUCUACUAAUUCUGCAGCUCAACGUUUUGCCUGGAAUUUUUUCAAAGAUAAUAUUGAUUUAAUGACAAAUCUUUGGGAUCCAUCUUCCUCUUUGUUCGAGAAAGCUCUUUCGAUGAGUUCAAAUCAUUUUUGCUCCGCUUCUGAUUCUAAUGACUUUCAGAAUUUCGUCAAAUCUAUUUUUUCUGGAAGUGUAAUGGAGACAUUACAAGGCCCCAUUCAGCGUAUAGUGGAACGAAUAAAAUUGAACGGGCAAUUUAUGAAAAACCAUACACAAAACUUGCAGGAAUAUUUACAAGCUGCUGGUUAUUAA